AAAGUGGGAAAGGGUCCAAGAAUGAUAUCCGAGUCCGGACUGCCCUGUUCGCGGUCUAGGAGCUCAACAAAGAGGAGACGACGGAGGCUAAUUGCUCAAGAGAAAGUCUUCAAAAUUGCUAUACAUCAAGGGCAAAAUAAAUACUGGAGCAGUGAUGGAGAGAAGCAGCGGCUAUUGGAGCCUGGAGGAAAGCUAUGGAGGCUGAGGAAAACGAACCCACAAGCCAAAGAACAAAAAGGGUCAGAAGGCAAGAGGCAGAUAUUGGAAAAAAAGAAGGCUGCGGAUGACAUAAUCAGAGCUGCUUCUUCACAAAAGGAUCAUCUUUCUUCGUUUCCCCAGUAUCGCCAUUAUCGCACAAAUGGACUGUCUGUGUACUUGGGGUCUGGACUUGGGGAUAAGCUCUCAUUCCAUCUGAAGCAGUACAUACAGAAACUUCUCAAGGUAAACAUGGAGGGACCAUAUGGAUCAGAGUGGCCGACGGAAGAGAAAGUGAAGCGGAAGGAAAUGGUUGCUCCAGAAGCACGUUAUAUAUUUGUAUAUGAGGAUACAAAUGUAGAUGGUAGUCAAAUUUCUUCCAUGCCAGAGAAUGAGAAGAGUUCAAGUCAUACAGAUGCAAUUGUUGGAUUUGUACAUUACCGAUUUAUUAUGGAGGAAGAAGUACCAGUUCUUUAUGUGUAUGAAUUACAGCUCGAAAGUCGUGUUCAGGGAAAGGGACUUGGGAAGUUUUUGAUGGAUCUAGUUGAGCGAAUUGCCAUCAAGAACAGAGUGGGUGCUGUGAUGCUUACUGUACAAAAGAAAAACUUAUUAGCAAUGAACUUUUAUAUGGCUAAACUUGGGUACAUUGUGUCUGCUAUUUCACCAUCGAGAGUCUAUCCAUUGACAGGAUUAGAGACAAGUUAUGAGAUUCUUUGUAAAGCAUUUGAAGCUAAAUCUGCAUUUGAGGAGAGCCAAUGACUAGAGUGACAGCUUGACUGGAAUUCCUUCAAGUUGCCUUGUUCUUUGUAUCAAAGUUUCAACCUCAUUCCUGAUGGAAGAUGAGAGGUUUGUCUAGAGGAAGCAUGAAAAGUGCAAUCUUCAGACAAGGAAUUUAUAUCUCUUAUAGGUCCAUUUUAGUUUCUGCGUUUAGCAAAAGUGUAUCAUAAUGUUAUCAGAAUUAGCUUUUGUGUAUCUUAGGGACAUUUCAAUGUUGUCCUCCUAGGUAAUUUAAGGUUUUUGGCUCUGGAUUAAACUUGAGACUGCAUUAUUCUAUUACUGAGGGAUCAGAAGAUGAAAAAGCUAUUGGAAAAGCAUUGUUACAGCUCAUUCUCA